AAACUAGAAGACCGGGAGUUGGAGACUUCUAGCUUGAGCCUUGAACUACCCUUCCACAUUCGGUUGCUUAGCCUCUGCAAAGAGAGCCAAAGGCUUUCCGUUUCCUUAUUCCAACUUUAUUCUUUUAAUUCUAAUUCUAUUCGUCCGCUACUCUAUUCUGUUCUACUGUGUUUCCCCCAGUAGAUAUUAUUAAACCGUGGACUUGGAGAAGGAUAAAAAUCAAAUACUAAGCACGGAGCGGGAGAAUGACCGGUGGAAUUAGGCAGUGAGCUUUCGGUCUUUUGGUCUUCGAAUCUUCGUCUCGGAACGCGAGGGAUAGGGUAGGAAUAAGGUCGGAGUCGAUCGGAGAUAGGAGCAUCGAGGAGACGAAAUGAAGAGGGUUUUCGGUGCCUCGAAGAAGAAGGAUCCCCCUCCGACGAUCGAGGAUUCUACUGAUAAGAUAAAUAAAAGAGGGGAAAUAGCUGAUGAAAAAAUCAAAAAGCUUGAUGCCGAACUGGCUAGAUACAAAGAACAGAUUAAGAAGACUCGACCUGGUCCUGCUCAAGAAGCUGUUAAAGCCCGUGCCAUGAGGGUUCUCAAGCAAAAGAGGAUGUACGAAGGACAGCGUGACAUGUUAUAUAAUCAGACAUUUAACCUUGACCAAGUUUCUUUUGCUGCGGAGGGUCUUAAAGAUGCUCAACAAACUAUGUCAGCACUGAAGUCUGCAAAUAAGGAGUUGAAAGGAAUGAUGAAAACUGUGAAGAUUGAAGACAUAGAUAGUAUGCAAGAUGAGAUGAUGGAUCUGAUGGAUACGAGUACAGAAAUACAAGAAUCUCUUGGUAGAAGCUACAAUGUCCCUGACGACAUUGAUGAGGAUGAACUUAUGGGUGAGCUAGAUGCUUUGGAAGCUGAUAUGGGAGCAGAGACCGAAUCCGAUGCUGUCCCUUCUUAUCUUCAACCAGAUAAGGAACCUGAUUUGGAUGCGGAACUCAACUUGCCUGCAGCGCCAACUAGCCAUUCAGCAGUACCACCCAACAGACAGCACCCCCAGGCGGAGGAUGAAUUAGGCUUGCCAUCUGUGCCUCAAGCAUCUGUAAGGAGUUAGAGAGUGAGCUGCUUGCUGAAUGUAAAAUUCACAUCCGGUACAGGGUUAGUAUAACCUCUGGAUUUGGGAGAUUACUCACUGUAUCUACUAAAAAUUGGGAGACUGUUGCUUUGUUUUUCUUAUUAUUGAAAUACAUGCAGCUAAAAGUAGGGGGAGUUUGGACUUGAGUUUAUGAUAUAAAUACUAUCAGCCAUGGUGAAGACUUCAGUGCAUCAAUAAUAAUUAAACAACCUUUUCCUUGUGCAAA